AUGAGAAAAGUUGGAUUGUAUUGUUCAUCGGUAUGUACCAAUUGUCGAGGCCAAUCUAACACCAACAUUGAAUCAAAUGCAACAGAUGAAGAUUGUUUCGAAAUUGAUGAGGAUAUAACUGAUAUAUCUCUCUUCUUGGAGCAGUCUACACAAAUCGAGCAAGAAGAGGAAGAAGACAGUGAAGAGAAAGAAACGAGUGACUAUGAAGAAUUUGAUGAUGAA